AUAGCAAUGAAACCGAUUUGUAUGUUGUGUUCAUUUGUUGCUAAUUGUAAUGAUUUUGUCAUUCAAUUCAUCAUUGAUUUGCAUUUCAAUCAAUAAUCACUUGAAUUGAAUGCAUAAACAAAAUACAUUCAAUUGAAUCACUGUUUGUAAGUUAACCACUGGAUCACUGGAUCUGCUGAUUGGAUAAUAAUUGGAGACUAAGUGUAGAGAUCGUGUCCACCAUUUGGUCAGCGACUGAAUCGCUUGAAGUGAUGGUUGGCUCGAGAGAAAGGGAGCGAACCGUUCACAGGGACAGACAUGAUCGGGACAGGGAUGAGAGGCACGGGUCAAACGGGUGGAGGAGUGGUACGUCUGGUCUGCGUCGACGGUCAGUGCUAGUGAUCGAUGAGGACCUGAAGCGAGACAAAGAGUCGGCGAUCUAUGAAGAAGACCACUAUCUAACUGACAAUAACUCAGACGACAAUAGCUAUGAUAGUAGUAGAAGACAUCGAACUCAGGAGUACGACAGAUAUGACUCCGACCGUCGCAGUCAUCGCGACCGAAGGGCUCGCAGUCGAAGCAAAGACAGCAGAGAUCGAGACCGCGAUCGUGAGUCCACUUCCGGUGCAGACAAUCAGUCCAAUCGCUACUACAAUGAAGACCACAAUAGCUCUCAUUAUGAUUAUGCGAACGACUCGACUGAUAGGGACAGAGACCGAGACUAUGAUAGAAGUCAAUCACAAAGAGAUAAACGCGAAGACAUGCCUAACAAUACGAUUAUGAUUAGAGGUUUAGCGCCACAUAUCACCGAAAAGGAUAUUGUGUCCAAACUAUCGGAACAUAAUUUGAUGGCAAAAGAUAUACGACUCAUGAGGAAGAAAGAGACGGGAGUUUCGCGUGGAUUUGCUUUCGUCGAGUUCACUAAUAUUGAAGAUGCGAUUCAAUGGAAAGAAUUGACUCAGGGAUAUGUGUACUUCGAUGAGGAGUGCGAGGCAUCCGUUCAUUACUCCAUUCCUAAAGACUCUUUUGGUGGCGAUAAGAAUAUUAUGAAAAACGAUUGGAUGUGUUAUAAGUGUGGAGUCAAUAACUUUAAACGUCGAGAGGAAUGCUUUAAGUGUGGGACACCUAAAGAAGAGUCACUCGCAAAUGAUACGGGAGAUGAUGUCAGUUUGAGUCCAACUAAUGCUCUCUUAUUGCGUAAUUUGUCUGCCAAUACAACCGAAGAAAGAAUUUUAACGAUUUUGGGAUCAAUUACUGCUCUACCGAUUAAGUCCAUUCGUAUAAUAAAGGAUCCGUUGUAUAACAUAUCUCGAGGCAUGUGUUUAGUAGAACUCAACUCAACCCUCGAGGCCUCACAACUCUUUACAUUACUUUCGUCAAUGAGUAUGGGGUUUGUCAUCGACGACAGUGUGGUUCAAGUGAAUUAUGGUAAACGGAACGCCACUUUAGGCCAAAUCAACACCAACUCCAACGCCGCCAUCGUUGCCCUGGCGGCCGCUCAAUGGAAGAACUUGGAUGAGACCCACUCCAAGAAAACUCCCGUUCCAUCCAAUUCUGGUCGUAGUUCUAUGUCUUCAAACAAAUUGGGAACCGUUUGCGUGAAAGGAGUUGAAUACCAGAAGUACGAGACACCAAAUAUCUCCUCUUUUCAAUUGGAUGAGUCUUCCGGUUAUUAUUACGACUCCACCACUGGUUUCUAUUAUGACUCCAACACUCAGUACUUCUAUAAUACGCAAAUCCAACAAUACGUGUAUUGGGAUGACUCUAAUCAGACAUAUUUAACGGUUGAGUCUAAGAGUGAAACCAUUGAAAAAGAGAAGAAAGAGAAGCCUAAAGAUGUGAAGUCAGAUAAAGUGAAAAUCGCUAAAAAGAUCGCCAAAGAUAUGGAAAAGUGGGCCAAAACUCUGAACCAGAAGAAAGAGACGGCUCGCACUUGGGUUCCAACCGAAGCACUCAAUACUGUAGAGACAGUCCAGAGCUCGUCCGCCGACGCAGGCUUUACAGUACUCGAGCAACAGGUCUCGAACCCCGAGCCCGAGACCUCUGUUUUCGACUCAUUCCAAAAACAAGUGAUGCCUCAAGAAGUGAAGUUAAAUGCAGACAAUAAAAACCACUUCUAUUUAAGUGCUUAUGAGAUAAUGAGAGCUGAGGAGAAGCGGCUCAUUGAUUGGGAAAAGUUGGCGUGUCUUCUGUGCAAACGUCAAUUCUCGACCCCCGAGCUCCUCAACAAACACAUACAGCUCUCGGACUUACAUAAAUCAAAUUUGAAUGCUUUGAAACAUCAGAAACUAAGUGAUGAACAAAUUGAAGAAUUAGAGAGAACUGAAAGCGAGGCCGGGUAUAGGGAUAGGGCUAAAGAGCGACGGAAAAAGUACGGAAUCCCAGAGACGCCCGAAACAAAUAAAUUGAAGACUAAAUAUUUAAGUGAAUUAGAAGAGCGCACCUCUUGUGAUACUACUGUUCCCUUGCAUAAGACACCCAUUUCCGAUAACAAUAUCGGCAACAAAAUGUUGAAAGCCAUGGGUUGGACUGAAGGCACAGGACUGGGAAAAACAAAUCAAGGAACAAAAGAUAUUAUAGAAGUGGAGCGAAGGACAGAAUUGGUUGGACUGGGAAUGCGAGCCAACGUGUCGACCGCAACCGGCCAGUCAUACAAAGAUGCCGUCCGGAGAACAAUGCAAAUGAAGUUUAAAGAAAUGCACGAAUGAAUGAAAUCUAAUAUUUAUAUUACUGGAAACCAAUUUUUGUUAACUUUUUUGCUGUAAAUAUUUUCAUUAUUCAAAUAAAAUUUCUCACAUUUAUAAAGUAA